GGUAGUGGUUCCUUUUGGGACUUUCAAGCUUCAAAAGCUUUGAAACAAGAACUUAGGGAUGCUAUUAGGGAUCAUUUCAAAUAUUGGAAGGCUGGAAAACGUAACAAAACAACAAUAUCGCAAUACUUCAUUCUAGCAGGAGCUGGAGAAGGAAAAUCUCGCACUGCACAAGAAUUGCCGAAAUUGCUAAUGGAAUGUACAAAUAAUUUAUUACAACAACCCGGUAAAGUUUGGCUUGGGUUUAAGCAGAAGAAUCAAUAUAAUGAACCACCAGAUGAUGUAUUAUGUAGAAUUGCCAAACAUCGUAAUCAAGAAUACAAUGAACUGAACGUAAUUAUUAUUCUGGAUGGGUUACAGGCGGCAAUUAAUGAAAAUAUGGAUAGAACGGACAAAAAAUCCUUUUUUUACGAUUGUAUCUCUGCACUUGGUAUGCUUUCACUUUCUGUUCCAUUUAUUAUUACCUGUUGUACAGCUACUAUUAGCAUGCCCAUUCACAGUUUCCUUGCCAGUUCACAACAAUUGAGAGUUUUUCUCCCAGUGACAUCAUUACGACCUCCGAGAAUAAACAGCAACCCAGUCUUUGUCGAUAAUCCAGUCAUGAAGAUGCUCAUAAACGAUAUGGGCGGCCAUGGGCGUGCGUUGGAGGCUUUAGUAGAUUCUAUCAGUGGAAUAUAUUUAGACAAUAUUAAUUUUAUUGAUCUAAUAAAUGGUGUACGAUCAAAUCUCGGUAAAAAAUAUCAAAUAUGGUUAAGUAAUACUGAUUAUUUGAAACCGGUCCUUCGCAUUAUUCUUUCACGUACGCAAGUUAACAAAAAACAAAAUAUUUCUACAUUUGAGGGGAAAGAAGUAACAGUAGAUGACGUAACAAAAUUUGGUCUUGUUCGAUUUGUGAGUCAAAGAGCGGAUGAAGUGUUUGGAUAUCUCACAUGUCCAUAUAUUUGGCUAUGGAUAAUGGCGCGUGAGUCACGAGAUAAAAUUUUACGGAACUGGAAUUUUAACUAUUAUAAUGAAGUACGCAAUAAAGCAGGGAACCCAAGUAUACCACCCGGUUGCCAAUACUGGCAAAAUUUUGAGUACAUUGUUGCACAAUUUCGCGCUCUAAAAUCGAAUAUCUAUGGUGAUAAUGAACAAGUUGAACUCGGAGUCAUUCAUAAUGGUGCCAAGCAUAAUUUUGGUGAUAGUACCAUAUACAAUCGAGAACUUAGGUUGGAACAAUCAGUUAAAAGGGUCAGCACCAGGUCAGAAGAUUAUAAGCAAGGUGUAAAAAUUUUGUGUCAGGAUGGAGAGGUAGACGUUACAGAAGCAAAGCAUAUCAUAAUCAAUGCACCUAGUGCAAAAUCUGGAGAUAGCUUUUGUUCGAUUCAAAUGGUGGGGACCGAACUACCACAAAUGGAGACACAUAAAUGCAAAUUGGUGAAACAAAUGAUUUCUCAGGAAAGAUUUAAAGAUGAGUAUGAAAAAGCAACAAGUCCAGGAGAUACAUUCAUUCUUUACACAUCAGCAUCCUCCAAAAAACUUGAACUUCAUCAGCCAAUGUCUGCAAUCGUUAGUAAAGACAACUGGGAAGAAUAUUUCGGACCUUUUGCUGGGAGAUGCUAUAAUUAUGCUAUGGAACAACCAAACCUUAAUGAAGUGACUUACACUCAGCUGACUGGAAUAAAUUGUAUUGGAGAAGCACGUGCUAGAAUUAUCAUGGAAGAACGAAACAAACGCAAAUUUUCCGGUAUAGACGAUUGUGAAAGAAGAACAAAAAUUCCGCGUACAUAUCUUGAACCCUUUUUUUAG